AUGUGUAAUAAAAGGUUUCAAUGUUUUAGAAUUAAUAAUCCACAAAACUUUAUUACGAUGGAUAGUCCCACCGCCGUUCGAUCUCCGGCCACCACGGCUGGUUCGGGUUCCGGCUCGAACGAGGAUGGCCGGCGUGUUAAAUUUUUGUGUAGCUUUUUAGGUAGUAUAAUGCCCCGUCCGCAGGACGGGAAGCUGCGUUAUGUUGGCGGGGAGACGCGAAUUGUGAGUGUCUCGAGAGAGGUUAGUUUUGAGGAGUUGAUGGGAAAAAUGAGGGAGUUAUACGAGGGUGUUGCUGUGUUGAAGUAUCAGCAGCCUGAUGAGGAUCUUGAUGCACUUGUUUCUGUUGUGAAUGAUGAUGAUGUGGUUAAUAUGAUGGAGGAGUAUGAUAAGUUGGGGUCUGGGGAUGGGUUUACUAGGCUUAGGAUUUUUCUGUUUUCUCAAUCGGAGCAGGAUGGUUCCGCCCAUUUUAUUGACGGGGAUGAUUCGGAGAGGAGGUAUGUGGAUGCGUUGAAUAGUUUGAAUGAUGUUUCUGAGCUUAGACGAUUGCAACAAAUGGAGUUUCCCAUGAUUGGGACGGUUGAGGAUGUCCAUGUGGGUGAUCAGUUUGGGAAUCAGAUGGGUAUGGAAAAUGGGAUUCAUAGCCAGAGAAGUGGGGAAUUUGCUAUGCCGCCGUAUAACUUGCAUCAUAUAGGUAUUCAGCAUCAGCAACCUAUGGGACAGAGGUAUAGUGAAAUUGAUGCUCAGUGGAAUCCUGGUUAUUACUCUCCUAGGCAUCAUGGUCUUAGUCAUCAUGACUCUAGAUCAUCAUUGGUUGAUUAUCCAUCUUCUCCGUCUGCAACGAGAUACCGUGUGCCCUUUCCUGAGAUGCCAGAUAAGGGAAUUGAUAGAGUGUCGGAAGAAUAUGCUCGGCAUCAUGUAAGUCAUCACCAUCCUUUGUAUGACAAUCAGCCGCAGUAUCCUGAGAAUGUUGUGUGGCUGCAAACUGGAGCUGCACAUGGCCAUGAUGGUAAUAAUAUAUGUGAGCACUGUCGAAUGAAUUUUCAGAGAGCUCAACCGCAUUUGGAGCAUCCUAAUGUGCUUCCACCGGUUUCCGUUCCGUGUCCAGAAUGCCACUCAAGCAGGGAAGCUAUCAAUGCCAAUGUUGAUGCCAAGUUACAGCCUUCUAUGUAUCCCAAUGAUGCUCAGAAUCAUGAGAGGGCUUGUGGUUUGCAGCAUCAGAGUUCUGGAAGAGUGUCUGAUCAUUAUGUUGGUGAUGUUCCGCUCAUUAAUUUCCCUCCUGGACAUGGUAGUUUGAUUGAUGGGCAUGCUGUUCCUUCCGGUCAUGUUCACCAACAGGUUGGACCUGAAUUGGGGGUUGAACUGUUCCCUGACCAAACCAUGGCUGCUAUGCCACAUCUAAAAAUUCCUCCGUUGGAAGAAUCCAGUGCGCAGUAUGGAAACGCACCUUCUCCUUAUGGAGUAGAUAAUAAUUACGCCAUGCCUCGUGGACAUGCACCUGGUUAUACUCUUUGGACAAAUGGUCCGACUCCAGUUCAUAUUGGACCGCCAUACGAGGCAACGACUCUACAUCAGCCUGUUGAUGGUGUGACAAAUGCUGGACUAUUCAGAGGAGAGGGAAGACCAGGUUUUUUCAUUGGACCGGAUAGUCAAAGUCUUUGGGUUGAUUCAUCACAGAAAUUUUCUGGUCAUGAUGGGUCAGCCAUCCCAGAAUACCCUUAUGCAAAUGCUACAAAGUUAAAUCCAAUUCCCACCGGUCAGGAAAUUCAACACCCGAUUAUUGUUGAUCCCACCAUUCAUCCCCCCAAUAACGUAAAUGCUGGUACUUGCUUGGAACCUGUGCAGCUGCAAAAAUCUUCUCUUAAUAUCGUCCACAAUAACGAGGUUUUAAAAAAUGAUGCUCAUUUGACUGAAGUGUUGAAUUUGCAAUCUAUAAGUUUGCUUGGAGAAGGAAAAGAAGCCAAAAAUGAAGACAAGCUUGAAAACUUUAAUGUGCAAAGGAUAUCUUCUCUAGAUCAAAAUCAAAUUGUUGAAGAUGUAUCCAACGCUGCUGCUUCUGCCGUUGAGUUUAAUAAUUCAUCUCUGAAACCUUCAUCCGAGUUUGGACUUGUCGAGAAACUGGUUGAUACAGUCGGUUCUUCUCCCGGAGAUUCUCAGCAUUUAGUUGAUCAAUUCAAUAUCUUGCCUGAGUUGAUUGCUUCUGUUAAAAAGGCUGCGUUGGAAUAUCAUGAUGAGGUGAAACCUACAGGUGAAGAGCACGCGGAUUGUCAGAUGAACAAUUUGAAUACCAAAGAAGAAGCUGAAAAAGAAGUUGAGCCAGUGAAUGCUCAUGGUGAUUUAGAAUUAGACACUGAAAAUGACCACGUAGAUACUUCUAAAAUCGAGCCUACAAAAGCCGAGGCAGAAGCAAUUGCUAGGGGAUUGCAGACUAUUAGAAACGAUGAUUUAGAGGAGAUCCGUGAGCUAGGCUCUGGAACUUACGGAGCUGUUUAUCAUGGGAAAUGGAAAGGUUCUGAUGUCGCCAUUAAGAGAAUAAAAGCCAGUUGUUUUGCAGGAAGACCAUCUGAAAGAGCAAGAUUGAUUGCAGAUUUCUGGAAGGAGGCAUUGAUGCUUAGUUCAUUGCAUCAUCCUAAUGUUGUCUCCUUCUAUGGUAUUGUUCGCGAUGGACCUGAUGGGUCUUUGGCAACAGUAACAGAGUUCAUGGUUAAUGGAUCUUUGAAACAGUUCUUGCAUAAGAAGGACAGAACGAUAGAUCGUCGGAAGAGGCUCAUUAUAGCUAUGGAUGCCGCAUUUGGGAUGGAGUAUUUGCAUGGAAAGAACAUUGUGCAUUUUGAUUUGAAAUGUGAGAAUCUAUUGGUCAAUAUGAGAGAUCCACAAAGGCCUGUCUGCAAGAUUGGUGAUUUGGGUCUAUCGAAGGUUAAACAACACACACUAGUGUCUGGAGGGGUACGAGGAACUUUGCCAUGGAUGGCACCCGAGCUUCUUAGUGGGAAAAGCAAUAUGGUGUCAGAGAAGAUUGAUGUUUACUCAUUCGGGAUAGUCAUGUGGGAGUUACUCACCGGCGAUGAACCUUAUGCUGAUAUGCAUUGUGCUUCAAUAAUUGGAGGAAUUGUGAACAACUCUUUACGUCCUCAAAUCCCGUCAUGGUGUGAUCCUGAAUGGAAGUCUCUAAUGGAAAGUUCCUGGGCUUCUGAUCCUAUAGAAAGACCAUCAUUUUCAGAAAUUUCCAAGAAGCUGAGGACUAUGGCUGCUUCAGUGAAUGUGAAAUAG